AAAAUUCAAAUAUAAUAUCUUUUAAUAUAGGUACAUCAAUAUUUUUUGGAACUUUAUUCAUUGUAUAAUAAAAUCUUCAGAGAAGCAAGAUGAGAACUCUCAUAUUGCUUGGUAUCUGCUUACAGUAUUAUUUUUAUUAUGCUGAAGCACUCGAUUGUAUCUCGUGUUCAAGCACAGACAUCUACUCACUUUGUGCCUUGGGUGUGGACGACACUACCAAUGUGUGCGACGAUGGAUCAUUAUGUUACCAAUUGGUAAAAUUUGCCGAUAAAAAUAUGAAAUCGCCAACAUAUGAAAGGGGCUGUACCCUUGAUCAUAGCAAAUGUCCUGAAACCAAUAACUUUCUCACCUGUUCUCUUUGUAAUAACACUGACAGUUGCAACAAUGAGGUACUUCCUCAUCCUAUUGGCAUAAGGAUAAAAGUUAUACAAUAGUUGCAAUAAAAAUGUGUUUGAAAGGGUC